AUGGGGAAAAACGAUAAAGCUGGUGGAAAGGGUAAAGCAAAGCAAGCCAGUGGCAGCGAUGAACCGGCCUCCAAGGGCAAAGGCAAAGCAGGAAAAGCCGCUGAUGGUCUUGGGACAUGCACUUACGUCAAAGCGAGACAUGUAUUGUGCGAAAAGCAAGGAAAGAUCAACGAGGCAUACAAAAAGUUGCAGGAUGGUUGGUUGGACAGCGGAGACAAAGUUCCUCCUGCUGAGUUUGCAAAGAUAGCAGCAGAGUACUCGGAGUGCCCAUCUGGGAAAAAAGGAGGAGAUCUUGGAUGGUUCCCAAGGGGAAAGAUGGCUGGUCCAUUCCAAGAUGUCGCCUUCAACACUCCUGUUGGCGUCACCAGUGCACCCUUCAAAUCUACGCACGGAUACCACAUUAUCUUGUCUGAGGGAAGGAAGAACUGA